GCCGCCAUUUUGUGUUAGGCCCUCUGUUCCUCAGCGGGAGAAACAGUUAGUCCGGUUCUCUGACGGUCACCGCGGCCCGGAGGACUCCACCCGCCGCACCGAGCCUCCAGCUGAAUAUACCGGGGACAAGCGACCACCGAGGGGUUUUAGUGGGCCCAGCACCAUGGAGGGCGAGGUGGUUUCCAUGGAGACCAGUCAGGCGGCUCCUGAGGGGAAGGGUCUUGCAGAGAGCGGAGACGCGUUGAUCCAGGGCGCCGUGAUGGCGGCGCAGGGCGGCGACAACAUGGAGAUGAUGGUGAUGGACGCGCUGGAUCCAACGCUGCUUCAGAUGAAGACGGAGGUGUUGGAGGGCGGCGGCACGGUGACGGUUACCGGGGGCGACGAGGGUCAGAUCAUCACGCUGCAGGUGGUGAACAUGGAGGAGCAGGCGGGGGCAGCGUUGGGGCUGGGCCAGCUCCAGCUGGUGCAGGUUCCUGUCACCACCACCACGGUGGACGGCCUCCAGGCCACGUAUGUCGACGCUGCAGCUAACAAGGACGCAGAGCCGGUUAUCUGUCACACUCUGCCGCUGCCCGAGGGCUUCCAGGUGGUGAAGGUGGGAGCCAACGGGGAGGUGGAGACGGUGGAGCACGAGGAGCUGCAGCCCUCCCACGGGGAGCUGGAGCCGGUGGCGGAGGAAGAGGAGGGUGAAGAGGAGGCAGCCGAGGUAGAAACCUCCGUCCCUCAGCAGGAGGACCCCGACUGGUCCAAGGACCCCGACUACCAGCCCAUCAGGAGCAACAGAGCCAAAGGGAAGAAAGGGAAGAAGAGCCGUCUGCGCUACGGGGACGGAGACCGAGACAUGGACGUCUCCGUCUACGACUUCGAGGAGGAGCAGCAGGAGGGGCUCCUCUCGGAGGUCAACGCUGAGAAGGUGGUGGGCAACAUGAAGCCCCCCAAGCCCACCAAGAUCAAGAAGAAAGGUGUGAAGAAGACGUUCCAGUGUGAGCUGUGUAGCUACACCUGUCCCCGGCGCUCCAACCUGGACAGACACAUGAAGAGCCACACAGACGAGAGGCCUCAUAAAUGUCACUUGUGUGGACGAGCGUUUCGAACAGUCACCCUGCUGAGAAACCACCUCAACACACACACAGGCACUCGGCCACAUAAAUGUACAGACUGUGACAUGGCGUUUGUGACCAGCGGAGAGUUGGUGCGUCAUCGUCGCUACAAACACACUCAUGAGAAGCCGUUCAAGUGCUCCAUGUGUGACUACUGCAGCGUGGAGGUGAGCAAGUUGAAACGGCACAUCCGCUCCCACACCGGGGAGAGACCCUUCCAGUGCAGCCUGUGCAGCUACGCUAGCAGAGACACCUACAAGCUGAAGAGACACAUGAGGACACAUUCAGGUGAGAAGCCGUAUGAGUGCUACAUCUGCCACGCUCGCUUCACUCAGAGCGGCACCAUGAAGAUGCAUAUUCUGCAGAAACACACGGAGAACGUGGCCAAGUUCCACUGUCCUCACUGUGACACGGUCAUCGCACGCAAGAGUGACCUGGGCGUUCACCUGAGGAAGCAGCACUCUUUCAUUGAGACGGGAAAGAAAUGUCGUUACUGUGACGCCGUGUUCCACGAGCGCUACGCUCUGAUCCAGCACCAGAAGACCCACAAGAACGAGAAACGCUUCAAGUGUGAACAGUGUGACUACUGCUGCAGACAGGAGCGCCACAUGGUGAUGCACAAGCGGACUCACACCGGGGAGAAACCGUUCGCCUGCAGCCAGUGUGAGAAAACCUUCAGACAGAAGCAGCUGCUGGACAUGCACUUCAAACGCUACCACGACCCAAACUUCGUCCCCACCGCCUUCGUCUGCAACAAGUGUAGCAAGACCUUCACCCGCAGGAACACCAUGCUGCGUCACACUGAGAACUGUAACGGAGAAAUUACAGAAGACGAAAAUGGAACUCCGACACCCAAAAAGGGUCGUCGGGGCAGGAAGAGGAAGAUGCAGGCCAGGGCUGAUGAUGACGAUGAGGAUGAUACAGAGCAAGAAGGAGAUGAAGGCGAGGAGGACGAGGGUCUGAGUGAGCUGGAGCUGGAACAAGCCCCCCCGGUGGUCCCCAUCCCGGCCCCCGUGGAGCCGCCAGUCAAGAGGAAACGUGGACGGCCCCCGAAGAGCAAACCAGACACGGCGGCGAUCAUCCGCGUGGAGGACGAGGCGACCGGCGAGGUGGAUGACAUCAUCGUGAAGAGGGAGGUGGGGGCGGAGCAGGAGGAGCUGAACGACGACUCGGUGGAGCAGGUGGUGGUGGGAGGAGGCAAGUCCACCAUCCAGCUGGAGGAGGUGCCCCAGGAGGAGGCGCCGGCCCCGGAGCAGGAGCUGGCGGAGGCCCCGGCCAACGGAGACCUGACCCCCGAGAUGAUCCUCAGCAUGAUGGACCGGUGAUGAUGACGAUGAUGUGAGCUUCAUCCUGUAAACAAACAAACGUCACAUCUUCAUUUUUAAUUCUGGCAUUUAAAGAUUACAAACACUUGCAUCCUGCACAAAACAAACAUCACUGUUGUAAUUUAAGAUUUGCUUUUUAAUCAUGUAUUGAUAAACGGCUGGAUGAGUGAAAAGGAUUUUUAAUAAGAUUUUACCUACCAAAAAAAACCAACACGUGGAUUUUUAGUACAUUUGAGUUUGAGGAGGCUGUGAUUGACAGCAGCAUCUGUGAUUGACAGCAGCUUCUGUGAUUGACAGCAGCAUCUGUGGUAGAAAAUGUUAAACUAAAUGAUAAACUUAUGAAAUCUGAGUACUUUUUAUACGAUCUCGUCCACUAAAUGUUUAACACGUUAGAGUGACUCUCCCCUAAAUUUAGACUGUGUGCUUGUAUGUUACUAAAGAUCUGGGUCAACCUUUCAUCUUUUCUUUGGAAGUCCUUUUUUGGUUUUAUGCGUUACUACUUUUUAUAAAUCUGAGUCAUGAGAAAGUUUAUUGUAGAUGGCAAGUCGCCCAUAAUGUUCAUAAUUUCCACUUUUGACUGUUGAAUGUCCUGACUGAAGAGCUCUGUGUGUCUCAGUCUGGACAGAAAACUUCUUCUUUGGUUUGACAGCAAAAAGUAAAUUCAUGUUAAAGUUGAAAGCCUCAAUAUUUAAUAUAAAGAAUAUUAAAUAGUCGUAAAGAAACGGAGGAAACUUUGAUGCUGCCGUUAAUCACAGCCACUUCAAAAUAAGAGAAUCUAAAGAUUUAGAAUAUUUUUCUGUUUUCUUUCUUCUUGUGGUUAGUAAUUCCCUUUUUUCUUUUGUUUUUUUUAAAGCAAGUUGUAGUUUUAAAGCUUGAUAGAGUGCUUCUCAUUGCUCCUCUUGCUACUGUAACACCUAGAUGAGCUGUAUGUACUAAACUUUGUCCCUGAUCAUUGAGAGGAGAAGAAGAAGAAGAAGAAAGUUGUUUUGUAGCCAUUCCACUUUGGGUUGAUGUUUUCUUUUUGUACCGUUGGCGAAGCAGCGUAGCAGCUUGAAUGACAUUUUAAUAACUGGCAGAUGAGAACAGAUGUAUGACUGUAAACCAUUUAAAUGUAGACAUUGAGACUGAUGUUUAGGUUUCUGCAGCUGUGAUCUCAAUAAUGGAAAUGUUCAACUCAGUUAAAGUUCCAGACUAGAAACUUUGUUCAUGGAAAUGAGCUGAGAAACAACUGAGUGCUAACACACAAAUGUCAGUGUAUUUUGCUUGCAAAUCUAUUUUAUUAAAUGGACGACUUGA